GCACCAUUAUCUAGAGAGAGAAACUCCAUAAAUCCUUCCUCAUCAUCUCCAUGUCAAGAGAAGAAGGAGAAGAAGGUAUCAGUGCCGCAGCAAUGGAACCUGAUCUCUCGCUCAAGCUCGACGCACAGCAACAGCAGCAGCAACAACAGCAAAACAAACUCGACGAAUCUCCAUCGUCAAAUACUCAAACACCUGGUGAUCGCGCUCCAGAUCAAAAUUCCGAUCAAGGAUCCAACACGCAAGAGCUCACAGCUCUGCAGAUGAAGAUGAAUCGCGUGAAAGAGGAGAACAAACAGUUGCGAAACGCAGUGGAGAAGACUAUGAAGGAAUACACUGAUCUGCAGACGAAAUUCUCUAUGAUUCAGCAAAAUAGCGGAAACAAGGAUCCCGAUAUGUUUAAUUCGGUGAACGGGAAUCACAAAAACGACGACGUUCGGAGAUCGCCGUCGGAGGAGGAGGAGGGUUCGGGAAACGACGGACUGUGGCUGUCUCUGCGGGUGGCGAGCAGUUGCAGUGAGGGCGGCGAUGUGGCGGAGAAAAGGGAGGAGGCUAUGACGGCUUUCAAGCUAGCUCAAAAUCAGAUGCAUAGCAAUAACAUGACGGGAAUUAUGAAUCAUACUAUCAAUUCUCCACCAAAUAAACGAGCUAGGGUUUCUGUCAGGGCAAGAUGUGAUUCAGCUACGAUGAGUGACGGAUGUCAAUGGAGAAAAUAUGGCCAGAAGAUUGCUAAAGGAAACCCUUGCCCUCGAGCCUACUAUCGUUGCACUGUAGCUCCAGCAUGCCCAGUGAGAAAACAGGUCCAAAGAUGUUUAGAGGACAAAUCUAUACUGAUCACAACGUAUGAAGGCACACACAACCAUCCCCUUCCAGUAGGUGCAACCGCAAUGGCGUCAACAACAUCAGCAAUGUCGCCAUACAUGAUGUUCGACGCGAACAAUCCCCUCCACAACUCCGAACUACUCCACCCAACCUCAAACCAACAACAUUCCCUUUAUUACAACAACAUUAAUAGCCCUCUAGUCAUAAAUCCCGCUUCUCCAUUCAUACCAAACCUAAGGCCUAUAAACCCUAAUUACUAUGACCCCACAAAGGGCAUUGUUUUGGACCUCACCAACAACAAUCCUUGCUCUUCAAACUCCAUGGCCCAAUUAGGGUAUUCUUUGAUCCCUAAACCCCCAAACUUCAAUGGAGAAACACUUGCUAACCACCUUUUCCCUCGCCCCAAUGGGCUGUUACAAGACCAAGAUCGAGGGGAUUUGGACAAAACAACGUCGUUGUCCGAAAAUGUGAGUGCAAUAACUUCUGAUCCUAAGUUUAGGGUUGCUGUUGCAGCUGCAAUUUCCUCACUCAUAAAUAAAGAGAGCCAAACAGUCCCUAAAGAUGGGGAGAGCGGUGGGGAUAAAAGUUGGAUUCUUGAAUCAAGUAGUAACCCUAUCCAUCAAUCACCAACUGAAUAAUUUAUACGAAUUUUAUAUAUUAAAUUAAAUACAUUAAUGUAUUUAUUUCUGCAGAAUUAAUUAAUGUAAAUUUAGCUGACAGAUUUUAUCUAUAUUUUUGUAGUAAUUGAUUUUAUCUCAAUCUGGAGGAUUUGAUUACAUUAUACUAUAAUGAACAUUAAAUUCUGUUA